CUCUCCACUUUAACUCUUUUGUCUAGGACAUGAAGCUAUAUUUCUGAGUCCUAGGUGUGACAUUUCCGACUUUCCGAUGACUAUGAACGCAUCAGAGCCGCUGCGUGGUGAGGAGGCGCUGCAGCUUCAGACGGACUUUAUUUCGUCCUCGGGCGCAGAGAGCGCAGCAGUGGCGUGCUGCCCGUACGUCACAUACACGGGACAAGUUUUUACUCUAAAGGACUCUUCGGAUUAAUUUUGUUUUUUUUUAUUUCUCCAAACAACAGGGUGGACACUUUUAUUGUUGUUUUUGUUGUUGUUUUAAUGUUUUCAAGUUGAGGACGGAAUAAACCGACCAGAGAAGACGCAUCAAGUGGAUUUUACGCAUCAGGUUUACGCAGAGCGAAGACUUUUGGAUAUUUUGCUCCCUUUUAAUAGCUACAUUGUUGUUAUUAUUAUUUUUUGUUGAUUUUUUUUAAAUCAAUUGCUUAUAGUUUUUACUUUUUAAGAGUGGCGCUCACGAUGCCACUCUCUGGCGCAUGUGACUUGUCAGGAGGACUGGCUGGUAAAAAUCUUACAGAGUCGUUAAUUUUAUUGGAACGUGACUGUCGGAUAUGAACUUUCUCCGUAAAGGUUGCGGGAGCUUCGGUGAAUGAUUGACAGCGCUUGCAGGGCGCUGGACGAACUCAAUUUACCGUCAGAGUUCAACUUGUUUUGAAGAUUAACAGACUGAAAGGUGCCUUUUCUCUUGGAGCUGAAUGAGACUGGUUUUGACUGACCCAGGAGAAGUUUUCAGCCAUGAACGUGGGUUAAAAGAAGCUCUUGUGCCACCCAGUUAUUGUUUUACUUAAUAUAAAGUUAAAAUUAGUCGGAUUAUUAAUAUUUAUUCCUUAUGGUAUCAACUGUAAGACUGAUGUCGCGCAGCCCUGUUCUCUCACUGGCCCUGAUGCUGCUCCUGCUCUGGUAUCCUGGUCUCACAUUGGGAGCCUCCAAGGACCUGGUGUGUGAACCCAUAACUGUCCCCAUGUGUAAGGGCAUUGGCUACAACUUAACCUACAUGCCCAAUCAGUUCAACCAUGACACCCAGGAGGAGGUGGGGCUGGAGGUGCACCAGUUCUGGCCCCUGGUCCGUAUCCGCUGCUCUCCGGACCUACUCUUCUUCCUGUGCAGCAUGUACACGCCGAUCUGCCUGCCGGACUACCGAAAGCCGCUCCCCCCCUGCCGCUCUGUGUGUGAACGGGCCAAACGAGGCUGCUCCCCCCUCAUGAGUCAGUAUGGCUUUGAGUGGCCUGAGAGAAUGAGCUGUGAGCAGCUCCCCCAGCUUGGUGACGAGAUCUUGUGCAUGGACCAAAACAGCAGCGAAACUACAACUCUAGCUCCCCCAUUCCCCAAAUCCACCCCCAAAGUCAGGACCAGACCUCCCAGCUCCUCACAGUGUGACAGGGAGUGCCGCUGCCGUGACCCCCUCGUGCCCAUCAAGCGGGAAUCUCACAGUCUGUACGGCCGGGUCCAGACCGGACCCCUGCCCAACUGUGCCCAGCCCUGCCACUUGCCUUACUUUUCAGCAGAUGAACGCGCCUUCACCGGCUUCUGGAUGGGACUCUGGUCGGUGCUGUGCUUCAUCUCCACUUUGACCACCGUCGCCACCUUCCUCAUCGACAUGGAACGCUUUAAGUACCCAGAGAGGCCCAUCAUCUUCCUGGCUGCCUGCUACCUCUUCGUCUCCUUGGGCUACAUCAUCCGUCUGGUGGCAGGCCAUGAGCGGGUGGCAUGUGGUGCCAGCAGCAUCAGCAGCAACCAGUUGCACAUCCUCUAUGACGCUACCGGUCCAGCUCUCUGCACCCUCGUCUUCUUAUUGGUGUAUUUCUUCGGCAUGGCCAGCUCCAUCUGGUGGGUGGUGCUGUCCUUCACCUGGUUUCUGGCUGCGGGGAUGAAGUGGGGCAGCGAGGCCAUCGCUGGAUACUCGCAGUAUUUCCACCUCGCUGCAUGGCUCAUCCCAAGCGUCAAGUCGAUUGUGGUCCUCGCCCUCAGCUCGGUGGACGGGGACCCUGUGGCUGGAAUCUGCUAUGUGGGGAACCAGAGUCUGGAGAAUCUGAGGGGAUUUGUACUCGCACCUCUUGUGGUUUAUCUCUUCACUGGCACACUUUUCUUACUUGCUGGUUUUGUUUCACUGUUUCGUAUCAGGAGCAUCAUCAAACAAGGAGGCACCAAAACGGACAAACUUGAGCGACUGAUGAUCCGCAUCGGGCUCUUCACGGUGCUGUACACGGUCCCUGCCACCAUCGUUGUGGCCUGCCUGGUCUAUGAGCAGCAUUACCGGCCGGGGUGGGAGCAAGCCUUGGCCUGCUCCUGCCUGUCUGAGCGCCAACGAUCCGGCCUGGGACCGGACUACGCCGUUUUCAUGCUCAAGUACUUCAUGUGCUUAGUGGUGGGCAUCACAUCAGGGGUUUGGAUUUGGUCUGGAAAAACUCUGGAGUCCUGGAGGAGGUUUGUGGCUCGAUGCUGUCCCUGCUGGCCACAGAAAGCCACUGCACCGCCCUCCAUGUACAGCGAGGCAAGUUCAGCUUUAACAGGACACACUGGAACUGGACUGACAUCAGGGAUAUAUCACAAAGCACCUCUAUCUCAUAUAUGAACUGACUCUGAGGACUUAAGCUCAUACAUUCUGUACAUUUCCACUGUUCAGACAAUGUGAUCAUGGACAAAAGUCAGGACUGUGUCCUUCUGUGCUUCUGCUCUGAAUUCAAGCUCUCAAAAACUGACAAUAAACAUAAGGGACUAAAAUAUUAAGAGAUUAAAAAAGGAAAAACAAUCAAACAGGAUAAUUACAACUUAAAGAAAAAGGAAAAGAAGAUUUAUGUCAGAUCUUUGUGAAAAGUAACUCCGACCAUAAAGCGAAACGUUUGACCAAACUUGCCAAUACUUACAGCAAAAAACAAUGAAGCUCCUCAUGUUUCUUACUAUCUGCUUCUCCCAAGCACUGAGAAAAAAAGCUAUUUAUUAAUGUGCAUAUUGUAUAUAUUUGUUGUAAGAAAAGAUGAGUGAUAUGUUUAGUUUCUAAAUGACUGCCGAACUAAAUGUAAGAAAUAAAUAAUACCAGAAAUAAAUUGUAUAAAUUGUGCAUAAUUGUGCUGCUGUAAAUCUGUGUGUGUUUGUGUGAACACAAACUGAAAGUGUUGUCAUAAACUGUCUUUACUUCGACUUUACAUGGAUUUUUUUAUUUUGUAAUUUUGUCUUUAUAUUGGUUUCUAAGAUUACCUCUUAGCUCUGUGAUGUUAUUAAAGUGUCUGUGAACAGUGAACUAGUUUUGAAUGUGUUGUGUGGACAUGUGCAUGCUUGAUGCUACAGUGGUCUUUACCCCCCUCUGCUGGUGAAGAAAGGGACGUUUACUUUAUGUUCACAGCAACUUCACACCAGAGAUGCUCCAACAUUUCUACCAUUUGUGUCAUAUCAGAAAAAGUAUUAUGUUUAAACAAAAAUCUUCUUUAGACAAUUCUGCUGUAGACUUCUUUAAAUCAUAUUAAGCAUGUUGGGAAUCUUUUCUAAUAAUUUUCUGCCAGUGCCAGGGGUGGGUCUAGAAAAUAUUUCAUGGGGGGUCCAGGAAAAGGCACAGACUUGGACAAGGGUGGCACAUGUCAAUGAUACAUUUUUAAGAAUAAAAGGGGGGGUC